AUGUAUGGAUGCACCUUAACGCUACCCUCGGCACGCAGGCACAAUCACCCCGCCAGGGGCGUGUUACACCUGUUGUGCUGCGGGAUGAGGCAAAGUGGCGCACCGUCAACACAUUCUUUUAUCAGUCUUGGUAUUAAGAUUGAUCAAGCAGUAGCUGUUGAUGCUGGGAUACGCAUCGUACCUAAAAGCGAAGACGAUUAUCGGAAGAUAAUUCGUCUUUUCAAAGAGGAAAAUGUUCCUCACCAUACAUUUCCCCUGCCCUCUGAGCGUAACAUUCACGCUGUUAUUAGAGGAAUCCUAGCGUCAACUGCUGAGCAGGAAAUCACAGAGGAGCUCGAACAGAAAGGAUAUACUCCCCUCCACGUAAUUCGCUUGAAGCGCAACGACGGCGUGUCCAUGCCUUUGGUGGUGGUGAUCCUGCCUAAGACAGAGAAGUCACAGUAA